CCAGGUGCGAGCCGGGAGGUGGAAGGAAAGCGGCCGGGAGUCAGGGCUCAGUGAAGGACUUUCCUCCGGAACUUUCUGUCCCUCUCCGGUUUCCUGGGAGGCGGCUGCGAUCACGUUUUAUACCGUGUUAGCUUGUAACCCCUCUCAUUCAUUAAGAUCACGUAAGAACUCAAAGGGAAACGUGACUCUGAGCUAAGGCGUUUGCGUAAAUCUAUAGGUUUUUAAAACUCCCUGCCAGUUGCUUUCUGUCUUCCGUAGGCACCAAGGUGGUGGAGAGUUUAAGCUUGCGGAUAUUGCAAAGGGUUAUUAGAUUCAUAAGUCACACCAAGUGGUGGGCGAUCCACUGAGCAAAGCAGAAGUUCUCACAUGAUGACUUCAAACAAGACACAUUACCUUCCAGCAUCUGUUGGAGAGACUGGAUUUUAAGACACUUCUGUCUCCAGGACAGCAAAGAAACAAUGUUCCACCAAGUGAGAAGAGUGAUGACCAUCCUUUUCCUUACUAUGGUUAUCUCAUACUUCAGUUGCAUGAAAGCUGCCCCGAUGAAAGAAGCUAGUGUAAGAGGACAAGGCAGCUUGGCUUACCCAGGUCUUCGGACCCACGGGACUCUGGAGAGCCUAAAUGGGCCCAAUGCUGGUUCAAGAGGACUGACAUCGCUGGCGGACACUUUUGAACACGUCAUAGAGGAGCUUCUAGAUGAGGACCAGGACAUCCAGCCCAGUGAGGAAAACAAGGAUGCAGACUUGUAUACAUCCCGAGUCAUGUUAAGCAGUCAAGUGCCUUUGGAGCCCCCACUGCUCUUUCUGCUGGAGGAGUACAAAAACUACUUGGAUGCUGCAAACAUGUCCAUGAGGGUCCGGCGCCACUCUGACCCAGCUCGCCGCGGGGAACUGAGUGUAUGUGACAGCACAAGCGAGUGGGUGACGGCGGCAGAGAAAAAGACUGCAGUGGACAUGUCUGGAGCGACUGUCACAGUCCUGGAAAAAGUCCCAGUACCCAAAGGCCAACUGAAGCAAUACUUCUAUGAGACCAAAUGCAACCCCAAGGGGUACACAAAGGAGGGCUGCAGGGGCAUAGACAAGAGGCACUGGAACUCCCAGUGCCGAACUACCCAGUCUUACGUGAGAGCUCUCACCAUGGAUAAUAAAAAGAGAGUUGGCUGGCGCUUCAUAAGGAUAGACACUUCCUGUGUAUGUACAUUAACCAUUAAAAGGGGAAGAUAGUGGAUUUGUGUUGUAUAGAUUAUAUUGAGACAAAAUUAUCUAUUUGUAUAUAUACAUAACAGGGUAAAUUAUUCAGUAAAAAAAUAAUUUUAUGGACUGCAUGUAUAACAAGUUUAUACAGUACCGUGGUUCCACAAUCUAUUUAUUGAACAUAUCCAUGACCUGAAGGGGAACAAAAGUCAUUUGCGCACAAGUUUAAAAAAAAAAAAAAAAAGAAAACAACAAAAAAAAAAAGAAAAACAAGCAAACAAAAGAAGUCUGCAUUACAUUCCUCGAUAACAUUGUGGUUUGUCGCCGUUGCCAAGAAUUGAAAAUAUAAAAAGUUUAAAAAAAAAAAAGAAUAAAAUUGCAUGCUGCUUCAAUUGUGAAUUGAUGAUAAACUGUCCUCUUUCAGAAAAAUAAAUUGAACCAAAACAUUCCGUUUACAUUUUAGACGGUAGGUAUCUUUAUUCCUGUUAGUAUUAUAUCUGUUUACUGCUUUUAACUUCUGAUAGCGUUGGAAUUAAAACAAUGUCAAGGUGCUGUUGUCAUAGUUUUACUGUUUCUCUUACUUUUGAACUCCCAUCAGAUUGAAAAAGAAAAAAAAAUCAUUACCUUAUUCUGGAUUAAGAACAAAUUUGUUUUUUGUAUGUUGUGAAGGUGUUUGCAAUAGCAAUCCAACUACUGACAAAAAAAAUAAUAAAAAAAAAAGAGGCAACUGAAAAAGAAUGGUGAUGUUCCACUUCACAUUGUUGAACUUCAGGCUUAAAGACAGCACUUAUUUAACUGUAUGGCAACAUGCUUUUUUGGGUUAUUUUCUUUUUUUUAUUAUUAUUUUUUUAACUUUUGUUUGCUGUCUUUUGAGACCUGCAUUUGCUUAUACCAUGUUUGUUUGUGUUUGGGUUCCCCUCCUCCCCCUUUUCUCCCUUUGGAAGGAUGUCGGUUGUGCUAUUUAAAGUGUUUCGCUUACCAUGCAAAUGAGGUUUUAAUAUAGAAAAUAUUCUAUAGAGUGAGAGCAAUGAUUUUCAUGUAAUAAAAGACUCUGUGCUUGGAUCAAAUGUCUUGGUGAAGCACAACGAGAAUGUUACUAGAAAAGGCUCUAGAAAGAUGAUAGUGAAUGUGAAAUCAGGUUGGUCAUGGGACUGAAUAGCUCAGCCGGGUCAGGGACGAAGUGGUGGUUUGGGUUGACUGAGGCUAUCCAAGUCACAAUCAGUACUGAAUGUGGUGGUCCUGUGCAUCCUGUGAGGGUUGCCUUGUCCAUCGAUGCAGGUGGGACAACCUCAUUCCCCCCUCGGAGCAUGUCCAGCAGCCAUGAUGGGUGAGCUUCAGCGGCAUCCCUGCCUGAAGGAGCCCUGGGAAAUAGCUGGGGAAGGAGGCAGAAAGAGGCCCUGCCUCUAUCUGAAAGCCAUUAACAUUUAUGUUUGUGUGGCUCUACCUCUGCUGUCAGCCUUAUUUACGAAACAAAUGUCAGCAUAAAAAAUACUCUUGAAGUAGGUGAAGAGCAAGUGCUGGAGGAUUUGGCUUAACGUUGUUCAGGUUCUGAUAGAUGGAUUUAGCCCUGCACUACUCCUCUCUCUUGGCAGAAGUAUUUCCAAAAAGGCAGGUUGUAAGCUGAAGAGCGGUGCAUAGCACUCGCACUGACUACAGUGGGCAGAGAGGCAGAAAUAGCUCAUUAGUGAGCUCACUGAAGGCAGAUGCUAUAUUUGUAAUUCUUGUAGAUGAAGAAAUGUGGCUGACGAAGAGGAAGAUACUGUACAACAUAACUACUUCUGAAUGCUACAGAAUCUGCAUUAGUCUGCCCUGCUGUUGAAAUUAGUUAAAAGCCUGGACUGUGCAAAGCUUAUUUGGAAUAAGAUUCCCCCACAAAAAUUCUCUUUGAAGAGUAUAUUUCACACUGAGUUCGUCAGUGCUAGUAGAAACUCAUAGUGGAAGCUAACAGAGAUGCCUUCAAAGUCUUCUGCUCAGGGGAGAAGGGCUUCCACUUCCCUAGGAUAACUGAUGGUCAAAGGAGAACCAUCCCAGCUGUAAAAUGAAAACCUUUAGCGUUGGCCACAUGCUCAGUGGACUGUGAAUGGGAAGAGGGUUUUGUGACCCACCUGAACUUCAGACUUCAGCCUUCCUAAUCAACUGUAGAUAUUCACUCUCCCACACAGAAAUCAGAAAUGAAAAAAACAACUUACUGAAAUGUCUCAGAUCUUCAGCUGAAGUAUUCCUCCUGCAAAUUAAAAAGUUAGUAUAAUGGAGAAUUUUAUUCCACUGUGGCCAGUACCUGUAUGUCUAUUAUAAUUCUUUGCAUUCAAAAGCAGCUCAGCACCUAUUUUCAGCAAUAUUUCUAAGCUUCGGCAGAGAUGUUGUAAUGGUGGCUCCCCUCAAAACCAGGGCUGGUUGCUUAGGAAGGGGAAAGGGUGAUGCUAAUGAGUGAAUAACAAAAGAGAUCAUUCAUCUAGACUGGAAAAAGAAAUGAUAGCUGGGACAUGACAGUAAUCUAAUUCAGAUACAGGAAUAAAAUAAUUCCCAGUUCAAAUAAAUUGGAUUUCUGAAAGAGAAGUGUUAACGCAUAAAUCAUGCUAGAAAUAAAGUUCCUCAUUUCCCAGAGCUUAUUACGGCAAUAUCCUUAAGCCAGAAGUCCUCAUCUGGCAUAGGCAAGGAUGGUGCUGGUCUAGCAGAAUUAAAGCGGUGGGAUGGUAGGUUCAGAGGGGUGAGUGGCAGCCCAUGCGGAUGGGGGACAAGGGAUGGAGCUGAGAACCUAAAGAACUGUAUCCUGUAGCUACAUCUAAAGUGAUGUUCCCUAUAGCAUGCCAGCUGAUACGAUGUGAAAUGGCAAUUCAACUGCAGUCCCGUGGCUCUCACUUGCCUGACCUAAUACAUCCAUGAGCACAGGCUUGGCAGUUUUAGUUAAAACAGAGACUGGGGGGGUGUGGGGGUGGUUUUCUUUCAUGUCACUUAAUUAAACUCUUGCUGUGGUCUGUUUGUGACAAAGGUAUAUCAUGCAUGUCAGCAGGCCUAGUGCUGUGUUAAAGUAAAGACUCUUGCAACUGUAAGUUAAUGUCUGUGGCCUUGUUCUCUAUUAUUCACCUUGUGUAACAUAAAUAUUUAUUGUAUAUUUAUAUAAUUUUAUGGUUUUUGGGAAAAACUGAAAUUGGCAUUAAAAUUUAAAAGCAACUGCGUCAUAUUGUAAAUACAAUUAAGCUAUAUUUAAGUGUACUGAUUAACAUAAUAUAUGUUUAACUAUAGAGUUUUUUAUGUUUUUAAAUAUAUUUUCAAAAAAUAUAUAUAAAAAACUUGGGGUUUUUUGGGGGACCAUGUGACUCUUUUCUCUA